AUGUUUUCUACCGUAAUAUUGUUUGGUAUUGAUGGUAAACGACGUGAUUGGAUGAUGAAUUGGCAAUUUAACUGGUUCGGCUGGAGCUAUAAAUUAGCUAUAGCAUCUACCAUACUUCAAUUUAUAGCUGGAAUAUUAUCAGUCUAUCAAGGAUUAAACAAAUAUUUGUUAGAUAUGUACGAUUUUAUUAAAGAAGAACAAGAAUUAGAAAAACGGUCAACUCUAAAAUUUCCUCCAUUACCACAUACUAGUGGACAAAGAAAUGGUAGUAAAACACAACUACAUCAAUAUAUGUAA